AUGAGCGUGGCCCAAUAUGAGAACCGCUUUACGAAACUCUCCCGCUAUACUUCCGAAAUGAUUGCUAAUGAAGCGGUCAAGAUGAGACGGUUCACGACAGGGCUGCGAAGCGGUAUUCGCUCUAAGAUGUGUUGUGCCAAUAUCAUGACAUACACCGAGCUUGUCGAGGUGUCCAUCAGGGCGGAGCAGGAUGAGGAGCGGGUCACCCAAAACCGCUCACAGUUAGGGCCACGAAACAGGGUGGAGGGACCAUCCUCCUCUUUUACAGGGAAAAGGGCGCGCCCUAGCUCACCACCCCGACUCGCCGCCACACCGGCCCCUUCUACGCGACAGGCCCAGAUAUGUACUUAUUGCAGGAGAGCAGGACACUCUGAGCCCUAUUGUUUCAGGAGGAUGAGAGACCUUGGCUUCACACCGCCUCAGCGCAACAUUAGGCCCCCACAGCCGGCCUUACAGAUUCCGCCCCUACGGGCAAUGGGGCCUAACCAGCAGUUUCGACGUCCACCACCACCUCAAGUUAGACCACCAAAAUGGCCCAUACAACAGCCGAAUUUUCCACAGCAGGCUCGGGUACAUGCCCUAGCGGUUGAGGGCCAAGAUGCGGCAGUCCCUACUCCUAUGGCCUUUAAGGUGACGGCCCGCAUACAAGGUACUCCCAUAUUCCUUUUGGUGGACACCGGGUCUACUGCUUCUCUUAUAUCUCAUGCAACUGUCAAGCAUCUGGGGCUACGCCCUAGCCCCUUUGUGGGGGUAAAGAUCAUUACUGCCGCCGGUACUUUUUCAGAGGUGACGAAGAUAUGCUAUGAUUGCCCCAUCGACUUGGGAUGCACGGUGGCACAUGUGGAUUUGAUAGUGACCAAAAUCUUCCAUUACGACGUCAUCCUGGGCAUGGACUGGUUGACAGUGGUGAAGGCGGAAAUUGAUUGUGAUGCAAGGACGGUAAAGAUACAUGAGGACGACGAUACUUCCCUCACGUUUCUGGUCCAGGUCAGCUAUGAACGAAAGAUUUUGUGUUAUGCUUCAUUGGAGGACGGAUAUACUGGACCUUCGAUAACGGACAUGCCCGUGGUCCAGGAUUUUUGGGACGUAUUCAAAAACAUACCUGGACUUCCGCCUCGACGUGAGAUAGACUUCAUGAUUGAUCUGGUUCCUGGAGCCAAGCCCAUCUCCUUGCCUACUUACCGCAUGCCCCCAUGUGAGAUGGAAGAAUUGCGGACUCAAAUCGAUGAUUUGUUAUAG